UCCAGAUGAGGACUUCGAUCCGUUUUAUGUCUUUUGUGAUAUGGAUACUGACGGAGGAGGCUGGACUGUGUUUCAACGGAGGGAGGAUGGCAGCACCAAUUUCUUUCGGACAUGGAUCGAGUACCACUACGGCUUUGGCCAGCUGUCUGGAGAACACUGGUUGGGCAACAGCAAGCUUCAUCGUCUGACAUCGCAGAGAUCGUACGAACUACGGGUCGAUCUCGAGGAUUUUGAAGGGGAGAAGUCGUAUGCUUCGUACGAUCAUUUUGCGGUAGAGGACGAACGCGAUGGAUACAGACUGAGCCUCAGGGGGUUCAAUGGAACAGCAGGUGACUCGCUUUUAUACCACCAUGGUCAACCCUUUUCGACACGUGACAGAGACGACGACGCAUCAAAGGGCAACUGUGCCAAGCUCUACUCAGGGGCGUGGUGGUUUCAAAGGUGCCACUUCUCCAACCUCAAUGGCAAGUAUUACGAAGGCGGGAAGUUAUCCUCCAAGGGCACUGCUUGGUACCACUGGAAGAACACUUACUACUCCGUCAAGCGGUCCGAGAUGAAGAUACGACCUACAGCAGACAACUGAAGCAUGCUGGCGGCUCAGUGGAAGACCGCCACCACAUGAACGGGAGGUGAUAUAUCA